GUUUGGUUCGAAACAAAAGAGUAUACUACUAAUACUAAGAGAGUGGCCUUAUAACACCCACGCGUCUCUCUUUCUUCUUAUUGGUCGGUCCAUUCCAAUUCCACUCUUCUUGCAACUAUUUCACUUCUGUUCUGUUCUAACAAACUAUAACCCUUAUUCACACAACACACCAAAAUUUUCAUUCUCAUGCAAAUAAACGGUUAUGGGUGCGUAGGAUAAUAUCAAAAAACACCAUCCACAGCGUACAAUAGCAACAACCUCUCCACUCAUUCAUUCAUCCAUGCUCGGUGUACUCUGCGCCACUCGCUCCCGUCCUUGGAUCUUCUCUUUCCUUCAUCACUCUUCCUCUCAUCAUCAUCACACCGCUCGUCUCGCUCACAUCACCGUCGCUUCUUCUUCUUCUUCUCUUUCUCCUACCUUCUUCUCCGCUCGUCGAAACCAUUCCAGUCAAUGUAAACUUCAAAUCUCCGCCGGCGGUGGUGCCGCUUCUAUAUGGCAUGCGAUUAUGCCUUGCGGCGGUGAUGGAUUUCAACGUGGUGCUUUUAUGGUUCAUCAUGACCACGAACUUAAAGGUGAAGGAUCGUGGAACGUUGCGUGGGAUGCUCGUCCUGCUAGGUGGCUUCAUCGUUCUGACUCCGCUUGGCUUUUGUUUGGUGUCCGUGCUUGGCUUGCGCCGCCGCCUGUUGUAGUCGACGUUGAUCCCGAGGUUCCGCUGCCGACUUCGGUGAUUUCUCCGGACGAGAUUUCUCGUUCCGAAGGACUUGAAAUAAAAGAUGCCAAAUCCGAUAAACCAAAUGAUGAACUCUCCGCUGAUUACAGAGUCACAGGGGUGCUUGCUGACGGUCGGUGUCUGUUCAGAGCACUAGCUCAUGGAGCUUGCUUAAAAAAUGGAGAGGAAGCGCCUAAUGAAAAUCGACAAAGGGAACUAGCUGACGAAUUAAGAGCUAAAGUUGCUGAAGAACUGUUGAAAAGACGCAAGGAAACAGAAUGGUUUAUAGAAGGGGAUUUUGACACAUAUGUGACCAGAAUUCAACAGAGUUUUGUCUGGGGAGGGGAACCUGAGCUAUUAAUGGCUUCUCAUGUUUUGAAGACUCCAAUAUUUGUCUUCAUGAGAGAUCCAAACUCCAUUGAUUUGGUAAAUAUAGCAAAAUAUGGUGAAGAAUAUAUGAAUGAUGAGGGGAUUUCCAUCAAUGUGCUAUUUCAUCGUCAUGGUCACUAUGAACUAUUAGAGACCUUAUGCCCAAAAUUGUCUCAAAAACAAUAAACAUUUAGUGUUAGUACAGAACUUAGUUUAUUUAAUCAUCAUGCGGUUUAAGUCUUCUGACAUAAAGAGCUUUUUUUGUCAAUUUGGGAAUUGUUUUAGUGAAUUUAGUUGUUUUUUUGGCAACUAUAAUUUCAGUUGCAGGGAACUUCAAUUUAAUCCAAUUAAAGCAAUAGGCUUUUGCAAUUUUUGUACUUUGCAAUAUACCAUAUUUAUCGUAGUGAGAAAUGAUAAUAUUACUUUUGUGUGUUUGUCUGGUUUCACUUUUAGAGGAAAUAAAAUUGAUUUUAGAGGUGUAGAA